AUGGCAAACUCCACAGAAAGCCCCGAAACUGGCGACAUGAAUCAACCCCCGACCCAGCAACAUGUUUUGGGCAUUCCACGACCUCCCUCAGUGGGAGGCAUUUCCUCGCGAGUGACGGAUAUGGCCUCCGAAGAUGGAGAGAACUCGCAAUCCUUUACAUCACCACAGCCGCCUCUUCAACAACAGCGCCCUUCGGCCUCUCGGCGUGGUCCACCCCCAACAAGGAACUCGGUGACAAGCAGACCAGGUAGUUCGGGUAGUCGGCUGAGCAGGACACAUAUUCCUUCUCUAACUGCCUCGGCUUUUUUUCGUCCGAUGAGUUCGCAACGACUACAGGCGCACCGAGGCACUCGACCAAUGACCAAGGGAACAGUAUCAUCGACCGAUGAGUGGGGAGAUCACACAAGUCAAAACAGAAGAAGCCUGAUUUCGAACAGCACAUAUCAGCAGGGAUCCCUUCCUCCAGUAGAUAUGGAGCCCCCACCAUCGCGGGGUACAGAGUUCACAGAUCCGAUCAUUCCUGAUCGGAAUACUUCAAAUGCCAGCCCAAUAGGCAAUACAACAGUACGAAGCCUCGGUGAGAGCGUACGGCUCUUACGGGAUCGAGAUCAAAACAGCAAGAAGCGUCCCGACCACUUGAAUCUCAAUGUGAAUUACAGCAUGCAUAACCCGCAUGAUAUGCCUCCGAAGUCCCCACUCUCAUUCUUGACAUCCCAGAACAAGGGAUCUGCUCAAAAUGGGCAUGAUCCUCGUGGCCAUUCCCGGCUUUCCUCCGCUGGCUCUUCUCCUGGACCUGCAGACAUCAAGAAGCAACAAUUGCCAAGGGGCAAUAUGGGCAAGAACUACGAAUAUUUCGUUGGCAACACCUUUUUCUGUGGCGGCGGUCGACUUCAGAACUCGAGAGACAAACCCAUCAACAUUCUUACGGGGAUUUUGGUGGUUGUUCCAUCGGCCUUGUUCUUUGGAUUCUCAGCCCCUUGGCUAUGGCACAAUAUCUCCCCUGCCAUCCCCAUCGUUUUCGCAUACGUUUUCUACGUUUGCUUUUCGUCUUUUGUGCAUGCAUCCGUUGUUGACCCUGGUAUCAUGCCUCGCAAUGUUCAUCCCAUGCCUGCAACUAAUCCCGCGCUUGAUCCAUUAGCACUUGGACCACCAACCAAUGAUUGGGUUAUGGUGAAGCUUGCUACCUCGGAGUCUGCCGCUAUGGAUGUUCCCGUGAAAUACUGCAAGACUUGUAGUAUUUGGCGGCCGCCUCGAUGUUACCACUGCCGUGUUUGUGAUAACUGUGUGGAGACACUCGAUCAUCACUGUGUCUGGUUGAACAACUGUGUUGGGCGCCGCAACUACCGCUACUUCUUCGCUUUCGUUAGCUGGGGCACCUUACUUGGGUUGUUCCUGCUCGGCGCUAGCCUGGCACACAUCCUGGUCUACAUGUCAAAUGAGAACAUUUCCUUCGGCGCUUCAAUUGCGAAAUGGCGUGUGCCCUUUGCAAUGUUUAUCUAUGGUGCCGUUGCCACUCCUUACCCGUUAUCACUCUGGAUUUAUCACUUGUUCUUAACUGGUCGGGGCGAAACUACCCGAGAAUACCUGAACUCCCACAAGUUUGCCAAGGCUGACCGCCACCGGCCAUUUACCCAAGGAAAUGUUCUGACGAACUGGAUCUCGGUCCUAGGACGGCCUCGUCCCCCUACCUACAUGCAAUUCAAGCAGCCAUACGAAGAAGGUGACCAACGCUAUGCAAUGCAAAAGCGCAAGUAUCUCGUUCGCCGUGACGUCGAGUCUCAGGCGGGGAUUGAGAUGCAAGAGGUCGGUCCCCAUCAAUAG